AUGAAGUUCAGUACUGGUGUCGCGACAUUGUUGGCGCUGGCUCCCAGCCAUGGCCUCGCCAAGACACACAAGCUGGAGUCUAAGAAGAUCCAAGCUGACAUGAAGACCAAGAACCUCAUGUCGAACCUCGAAAAGUUCAACGACAUUGCCUUUGCCAACGGCGGUAAUAGAGCCUUCGGUCUUCCCGGAUACGACGCUUCGGUAGACUACAUCUUCAAGCGCAUCUCCAAAGUCAAGAACGCCAAAGUCUGGAAGCAAAACUUCCCCGCGCUCUUCGCCUUUGUAGACUCAAUUGAGCUCAAGGUUGACGACACGCCCGUCUACGUCUACGGCCUGACCUACUCCCCUUCAACCUCUGAAGAAGGCAUCACCGCCGAGAUCGCGCUCGGUCCCGAAGGCGCAGCAGGUUGCGACGCUUCAUCAUACGAUGAUCUUGACGUCAAGGGUAAAAUCGUUCUCGUGCAGCGCUUCCGUUGUCCCACUGGCGGAACUCUUGCUGGAAGAGUGAUUCCCGCUGCUGCGGCUGGUGCGUCCGCUGUCAUCAUCUACCACGAUCUUACGACGAACGUGACCGCUGGUUCUCUUAGCCAGCCCGAUCCUAAGAAACAUGUCCCAGCUGGCUUCAUCAACCUUGUUGAUGGCGAGAAGAUCAAGGAGAGGAUCGAGGCUGGCGAGACUGUCACAGCGCAUUUCCAACAGACGCAAACUAUUGAGGAGAGGAUUACGCAGAACGUUAUUGCUGAGACCAAGGGCGGUGAUCCUCGUAAUGUCAUCAUGCUCGGUGCGCAUCUUGACAGCGUUCAAGCUGGUCCCGGUAUCAAUGACGAUGGCUCUGGCUCAUCCCUCAUUCUCGAACUCUUCCUCGCCCUCUCAAAGUACAAGACAAAGAACAAGAUCCGUUUCGCAUGGUGGGGCGCUGAAGAAAACGGCCUUCUCGGCAGCAAGCACUAUACCUCUACUCUCCCCGCCAAGGACGUCAACGACCUUCUCGUCUAUCUCAACUUUGACAUGGUUUCCAAGGGUUUCUUCGGUGUUGCUGACACCGAUGGAAGCUCUCAUGGAUCGAAGGCUCCCAAGGGCUCCGAGGUCACGGAGAAGAUCUUCACAGAGUACUUUGAGAGCCAGGGUAUUGAGGUUACGCCCGCUGUUUUGACCAAUGGCAGUGACUAUGCUCCUUUCUGGCAGAACUUGAACAAGCCUUUUGGAUUCUUGCAUACUGGCACGGCUGUUGCACAGGAUCCUUGCUACCACCAGGCUUGCGACACCAUUGACAAUCCCGAUUCCAAGACUCUCACCAUCAACGCCAAGGCUGCUGCACACAUUCUGGCUGUCCUCGACGACAGAGGAACAAAGCUCAUCCCCAAGACCAAGACCAGUGCCGCUUCGUUGCAGGGUCUCCAAGAGCGAAGCGUCGGCCCCGAUUUGGCUCAAAUUGACGAGCUUGAGGCGAUGGGCAUUCGACACUUGGGAUGCGGUAUUCAUGAGGUCUAG